CCCAUCUCCAACUCUUUUCUUCUCCUCUCCCUCUCUCUCUCUCUCUCUCUCUCCCCACUGCACCCCUAACCGUUAGCUGCCUUCCUUCAACCUCAGUCCGCACCUGCCAGGGCCAUCCUCCUCCCCUCUCCGUCGUCUGCCGCCGUGCCACCGCCUGCCUCCCCACUACUACUCCAUCAUCAGGUGCUCUGCGAGGAACAAUAAUUAUUAUUAAUUUACAGGAACUGUUGAAGAUCGACAUCCCACCAUAUAUAUAUAUAUAUAUAUAUAUAUAUAUAUAUAUAUAAGAAAAGAAGAAAAUUAAAAGCAUGUGGAAGCUGAAGAUAGCGGAGGGAGGAGGAGGAGGAUGGGUGAGAAGCGUGAAUAAUCACACAGGGAGACAGCACUGGGAAUAUGACGCGGAGGGUGGAACUCCUGAAGAGCGAGCCCUCGUUGAAUCCCUCCGCCAUCACUUCUACCUCAACCGCUUCCGUUCCAAACAGAGUUCUGAUCUUCUCAUGCGCAUGCAGCUUAGAAAGGAGAAUCCAUGCGGCCCAAUUCCGCCGGCGGUGAGGUUGGGAGAUACAGACACUGUAACGGAGGAAGCAGCGAGAACCACACUGAGAAGAGGCAUCAGUUUCUACUCCUCCAUUCAAGCCCACGAUGGGCACUGGCCGGCGGAGUCUGCAGGCCCCCUGUUCUUUCUUCCUCCUCUGGUUAUGGCGUUGUACAUAACAGGAGCAGUCAAUGCAAUUCUCACCCCACAGCACCAGAAGGAAAUCAUCCGCUACAUCUACAACCAUCAGAAUGAGGAUGGAGGGUGGGGGUUACACAUAGAGGGUCACAGCACCAUGUUUGGUUCGGUACUGAGCUACAUUGCCCUGAGGUUGCUGGGGGAGGGACCUGAUGAUGGAGAGCAGAUGGCCGCCGCCAGGGGCCGCAAAUGGAUCCUUGACCAUGGCGGUGCUGUCGGCAUCCCGUCCUGGGGAAAGUUCUGGUUAACGGUACUUGGAGUUUAUGAGUGGGAAGGCUGCAACCCAAUGCCCCCGGAGUUUUGGCUUCUUCCUAAGAUCUCUCCAAUUCAUCCAGGGAAAAUGUUGUGCUAUUGUCGCUUGGUUUACAUGCCCAUGUCAUAUUUAUAUGGGAAGAGGUUUGUCGGUCCAAUUACUGGGCUGGUUCAGUCACUAAGACAAGAGCUCUACACUGAGCCUUAUAGCAAGAUAAAUUGGAAUAAAGCCAGGAACACAUGUGCAAAGGAGGAUCUGUACUACCCACAUCCCCUUAUACAAGAUAUGCUCUGGGGAUUCCUUCACAAUGUGGCUGAGCCUAUUCUGAUGUCAUGGCCCUUCUCCAUGCUGCGAGAUAAAGCCCUGAAAGUUGCAAUGGAACACAUACACUAUGAGGAUGAGAACAGCAGAUACCUUUGCAUUGGAUGCGUGGAAAAGGUCUUGUGUCUGAUUGCCUGCUGGGUGGAAGAUCCAAAUUCUGAUGCAUACAAGUUACAUCUUGCCAGAAUUCCAGAUUAUUUUUGGCUUGCUGAAGAUGGCUUGAAAUUCCAGAGUUUCGGGUGUCAGACGUGGGAUGCAGCUUUUUCUAUUCAAGCAAUUAUCUCAAGUAAUCUUAGUCAUGAGUAUGGGCCAACACUACAGAAAGCACAUGACUUUGUAAAAGCUUCACAAGUACGGGACAACCCCUCUGGUAACUUCAGUGAAAUGUACCGACACAUUAAUAAAGGUUCAUGGACAUUCUCCAUGCAAGAUCACGGCUGGCAGGUCUCAGAUUGCACAGCUGAAGGACUGAAAGCUGCGCUAUUGCUCUCACAAAUGCCUCCUGAGCUUGUUGGGGAGAAAAUUGAAGCAGAACGUUUAUAUGAUGCUGUGAAUAUCAUUCUUUCCCUACAAAGCAGCAGAGGUGGUCUUCCAGCCUGGGAACCGCAGAGAGCAUUUCGUUGGAUAGAGUAUUUCAAUCCUACAGAAUUUUUUGAAGAUGUUCUUAUCGAACGGGACUAUGUGGAGUGCACUUCGUCAGCAAUUCAAGCUCUAGCACUCUUUAAAAAGUUACAUCCUGGAUAUCGAAGAAAGGAAAUAGAAGCCUGCAUUUCAAGGGCACUAGAGUACAUUGAAGAUACACAAAAUCCUGAUGGUUCAUGGUAUGGCUGUUGGGGAAUUUGCUUCACCUACGGCACAUGGUUUGCCGUUAAGGGACUGGCAGCUUGUGGGAAGAACUAUCACAACAGCCCUGUCCUACGUAAGGCUUGUAACUUCUUGUUGUCAAAGCAACUACCAGAUGGUGGAUGGGGAGAGAGUUAUCUUUCAAGUGCAAAUAAGGUGUAUACAAAUCUAGAAGGCCAUCGGUCGAAUUUGGUACAGAGCUCAUGGGCUUUGCUAUCCCUCAUUGAUGCUGGACAGGCUGAGAUAGACCCAGAACCCAUACAUCGUGGAAUGAGGUUAUUGAUUAAUUCACAGAUGGAGGAUGGUGACUUCCCGCAGCAGGAAAUCACGGGAGCAUUCAUGAAGAAUUGUACUCUGAACUAUUCUUCAUAUCGAAACAUAUUCCCGUUAUGGGCUCUUGGAGAAUAUCGUAGGCAGCUUCUUUUUCUGUAACUUCCCAACAUGAGUGGGCACUACAAAAGAAGGAAGUCCUUUGCCCUCACUCUCUCCAUCUGUUAUAUAUGGAUGUGUAUCACGAAAAUAUUGACGCUGUCUAUUCCAAAUAGUAAAUGCUCAUCAUCAAGUUGUUUCAACUAAUCUUGUUACAUGUAUUAUGCAGUAGCUUUCUUUUCAAUGGGAAUAUAUAAAAUAGCCUUUCAGUUUUCAAA